AAUUGGUUGAAUAACUGUGCUGAUGAUAUUAGUUUUUCAAUAUAUUCAGAUCUUUUUGAAAGAAAUAGAGAGUUUUUCCUUUAUCGACAAGUCUACAAUAGCUAUACUUUGCAAUUAACAAAUGCAUUCAUUAUUGAUGAAAAUUGACACAAACAAGUAGACGUUAAACCAUUUUAAUAUUUGUGACCAAUGAAACGAUAGUAAAUUUUUAUAAAACGGACGCAAGAUUUUCGAGAUUCGUAUUAUGGACUAUCCCAGCAAACGAAUAAACAGAUUACAGUCUGAUAUCGAGCUUGCGCGACGCUUUUUACGCCGACGCCAACGCCGACGCCGACGCCGACGCUGAUGCUGACGCCGACGCCGACGCAGCUUUCGUGGUUUGGACUCGACGUAGUCCGUAGCUUGGCGUCUUCCGAUCGAGCGCAGAGAAACUAAAAGGAACCGAGAGCGUAAGAGUUCUCUUGAUCAUUAUUGUCAUCAUCGUCGCCGUAUUUGCAUCGAUGUGACAACAAAGACAAUCUCAAAAUUGCGCGGCAAAAGGAGAGAGAAAGAAAACGCAAAUCAAAGAUACAGAUGGGACGAAAUAGAGAGAGUGGAAAGAAACGAAGAAUCGAAACGAUAAAAUUAAAGAAAAAGAAGACGAAGAAUAUAGACAGGAAAGAAGGGCAAAGGUAAAGAGGACAUUUCUAACGACAAGAAGAAAAGAAGCGAAAUCGAGGAGAAUAGAGGAAGGGGUGAAAGUCGACUUAAGGAAAAGCCGAAAAGGGAGGGAGAGUGUGCGAAAGAGGUACGACAGAGAAGGGGCGAUAGAGUGUGUUUGUGGGGGAGAAUCGCGACACUCUGCGUGCGGCACGAGAGAGAAACGCAGAGGAGAUCCGAAAUCGAAAAGAAAUUCUCAACUGCGGCUAGAUAGGAUGCGUGUGCUUGGGUGCGGCGUCUCGUCACCACCCGACAAACGACAACAGUUUAGCAGCGUCGAUAGCGCUCGUAAUAUCACCCGUACCAACGCCGGCGAGGCCGGUGUCGAGAACGACAGUUUCGCGAGAACAUUUACCGAGAGCGCGGAAUCAUUCGCUAGAGGUGCAAGCAGCACGCUCGUCGUCGGCCGAGUCGUCAAAGACGAGGGGAAGAGCGAGGAAAACCGGAAGAGAUCUCUUCGGGGUUUGAAAGAUCGCCGUCACUGCGACACCACAUCGUUCGGACUUGCUUCGAAAGUUGGCGAACGAGAAUACAUUCGAACCACGUGUUUUACGCUCGAAAAGUCGCGGAAACAGUUGUACGGUAUUUUCGCGAUCGACAGCGUUCCUUCGACGAGUGGUGCGAUUCUUAGGACACGGUCUUUCGCGAUCGACAUUUUCUGCAACCGGCAUCCAAAUUGAGAGAGAGCCCGUUCUUCCCUACAUGACAAUAAUCAUCGUCGUCGUUGUCGUCGUCGGAUCUGGGAGUUGAAGCGCGUCGUGGACGACGAGCGCGGCGUCGAGCGGCAUCGAGCGGUAUCAAACGGCGUCGGACAGCGGCGACGGGGUCGUGAUCAGCCGGCUCCAGCCUGGCUCUCAGACUACGUCCAGACUACUCAUGUUCAUCCCAGACACCCUGAGAAGCUGCAUGGUGGAACCGGAUGUCUCGACUUACCUGCAGGCUCCUUCCGUCGGACAGGAUGAGUUCCAUCCAUUUAUCGAGGCUCUUCUACCAUUCGUGAAGUCUUUCUCGUACACAUGGUUCAACCUACAAGCUGCCAAGAGACGAUACUAUAAGAAACACGAAAAGCGGAUGAGCUUGGAAGAGGAACGUCAGUGUAAAGAGGAACUUCAGAACGAGAAGCUGGAAGUGAAACAGAAAUGGGCCUCGCGGCUUCUCGGAAAAUUACGGAAGGAUAUCACGCAAGAGUAUCGAGAGGACUUUGUGCUGAGUAUUACGGGGAAAAGACCAGCGAUGUGUGUUCUAAGCAAUCCUGAUCAGAAGGGCAAAAUGCGUCGAAUAGAUUGCCUUCGUCAAGCGGACAAGGUAUGGAGGCUGGACCUAGUUAUGGUGAUCCUUUUCAAGGCAAUUCCAUUGGAAUCGACGGACGGAGAACGGCUAGAGAAGACUGCGGAGUGCGCGCAACCGGGUCUCUGCGUCAAUCCUUAUCACAUCAACGUUUCCGUCCGGGAACUGGAUCUCUACCUCGCAAAUUUUAUCACGAGUCACGAGGUUCUAAAUGGUAUCUGCAACGCUAGCAAGGAGGAAGACAGACGUCGAAAAGGUACAGGAUACCAUGAACUAUAUAACGGUGUUGUCUGCAAUGACACGAUCCUCGCGACAGGUGUCUUCAGCUCCAAAGAGCUCUGGAUGCUUUCAAAAGCGUCCAUACUGCAUGACCUCAGCGACAUGCAGCCUCAAAUAAACGCGAUCAAAAUAGAGCACCCGCCGUACUACUGCAGCAGCUACACCCCUCCAUCCGCAGCGACGACCGCGGAUCACGUUCAGCCGGCGGCUAGCUUCAGCCCACCACCGGUUCAUCAACUAAUAAGAAACGAUAAGACUGAAAAGCCGCCGACAGUCUCGGUUUCGAGUGCUCCGACAUUUUCAUCGGUUCUUAGGCCGGAAGAUGGACACCGUGGGAUAGAAUCUCCGCAUUCGCAAACGGGAUUGCAUUCACCUCACGAAGGAUUAACCGGUGGCUCUGGUCAAAGCAUGUCUGGACUUGCUUACUAUCAGACAGAACAUCCCGGAUCUACGGGGGUAGUAAAGUAUCCCGAGAACGGACACGAUACUCUCUCAGACUUUGUGACGUUUGUCUGCCAAGAAGCCGAAAAUACCCAGCAAUUACCCCAGACGCAGCUAACCGGACCGCGCACUGGUAUACAAAAAUUCCCGCAGUAUUAUCCGAGUUCGAUGUUACCGCCACCACCUCCUGCUCCUAUGGCCAGACCGGUGGCGAUAAUAAGAUCGACGGGUGAACUGGCAGCAACAACCGCUAGUUCGCCACCAACAUCAUCCACAUCACCCACGGAUCCAGCCGAAUUAGGACCUAACCAGGAACAGAUGACGGGAGCGGUUGGUCUCGUCGGUUCUGCUUGCCAGAAUUCUGUCGAAUCCGCUGGCCGGAAAAGUCCUGCCAGAAUUCUCGUUACACCGCACACAACCAGCAGGGAAUACACCUUUGCUCAUUUUCAUUCGCAACCCGGACAGCAAAUCUUCACGUAUCCGACCAUCAGCUCAAUGUCCGGAGUAAUUUCGCCGACUAAUCUGUCUCUAUUUUCAUCUCCUGUUUCGGUUACGAGACCGGUAGCCACCCAGAGAUCAGUCUCAAAUGUUCCACCGCGUUGGAAUACUGCGCCAUUUAUCAAUUUGGAGGACGAUUACAACAUGAUCGCGCCAAUUAUCGCUGGAACUACAAGCGAGCCACCUACUGCUAUGGAAGAAGAACGGUAUUUUCAUCCUGUGCAUACGAGUGGCGUAGUAGACAAAAAUGGCAGUGGUAAUUUAAUAGGCAACGAACUCGGAGUAAACACAGAUCCUGCAUCCCAUCACCAUCAACAGCAGCAGCAGCAGCAGCAUCAACAGCAGCAACAGCAGCAGCAGCAGCAACAACAACAACAUCAACAACAUCAGCAGCAGCAAACACAAUCAUCUUCGCAACAGCAGCAACAAGUAAUGGCAGAUAAAUCCGGUGGACCUAAAUCUCCUCCGUGACAGUGGAGUCUGAAAACGGAAAAUCUCGAGAGACUCGCAUGCUCGCGUUUUUCGAGAUCGGUACUUGGUAUCGCAUGUAAUAAUUAUUCCGAAGUUAUGGCCGAAGCUGAGUUUGAGAAUAAUCGUCAGGAAUCUAUGUCUCGUACACAAUUACGUGAUUUAAACUUACAGAGAAUAGAAUGUCUAAGAGUUCGAUCUUAAUUUACCGUUAUAAAACAAGAAUAAGAAUGCUUUCUGCAAGGAAUAUAACCGAGAAAAAAAGGAGGUUCAUUGAUUCAUGUUUAUCUCGAAAUGGAUUCGUACAAUAUAAAGUUUCAUAUUACAACAACUUAAUCAAGUAAGUUCUUCUAAAACAUAGUUAACCGCGAGAGAUUUUGCGACGCUUGGAAUAACCAUAAGAUGACGUCGCCGUGCAUGCCUUAUCCUGCUCGAGAACAGAAAAUUGUUUACAUACAAUAUCGUACAACGAAAUAUUGUUCAAGCUAUAAAGUGUAACGUACUUAGAUGAAACAAUAUAACUUCAAUUAAAAUUGAUACAAAUAGUUGAACGCGAUAUUAAGAUAAAAUAUUGUUUGGUCAUUUGUCAACAACACAAAGUGCGCUUGUAUUGAUCGAUGGAUGUUUCACGAUUUUCGUAUAAUCAUCUAAAUUAUUUUCCCUCUGUCUGUUUCUUCCUCUUCUCCCUUUCUCUCUCUCUCUCUCUCUCUCUCUCUCUCUCUCUCUCUCUCUCUCUCUCUCUUUCUAUUUUUUUUUCGUAUUUUUCUGUAUCUCGAGAUACAAACGAGAGCAGCUGAGUUUCUUCAUUUAUGCUAUUAAUAAUCUUUCUAAAGCUCGCAAUCUCAUAGUUGUAACGAUGUGGUAUAGUAUUCUUCCAUAGUGUAUUAUAAUAAAGAUUCGUUAUUUUCGUAAUAAAAUUUUCAUGAUAUAUAUGCGAGCACGUUUUUUUUAAUAAGCACGAAACUGUAAUAUUUUGUAUAAAUAGUGCUUUAUAGUUGGUAAUAAUGAAAAGAAGCAUAGAAGCAGAAACCUUUCUUUACUAAAAGCAGAUAUUAAGCUUUUGUGAGCACGCAAUAUUCUCUCCUUAUUGUUCUCUGAAAGUUUUUUCAAAUGAUCUUCUCGUUGAUCCAAUCUGCAUGCUUUACAAUGUCCUUUUAAUACUGAAAUAAGCAAUAAUAUGCCGCGUUUUAUUGCCUUGUGUACAUUUUGUGCAGCCCAUGUUUUAUCUCUUUGCCGAAAAAAUUGUUCUUCCACGAUUAUUCCAGACUUUGCGUUACGUGUUUGGAGUAUACAAGUUUAUAUAUAUUUACAUAGAAAGUUGUGUUAUACAUGUUUUGAGGUAGUGUAUCGAUGAGUAACUAUUACAGAUUUAUAUAUAUAGCUUGAACAAAUAAAAUUUGUUAUCUCGUGUAUCACAAAGAUACGUAUGAGUAAUUCGUUAGAAAUGAAUUGGCAAUGUGUACGAUUCAUAUAAUGAUCGAAUUAAUUAAACCGUGUAUAGAGUUUUCUGUGCCAAUGAAGCAGCACACGUGCGCGCUAUUCUUUUUGUAGUGAUAUUAAUAAAUUAAGGAUUUCCUAUAAACGCGGACUAAUGCGAGAGAAACGUCGAUGAUGACAAAUCGCGCUUUAAACGAGAAUUCAUCGAAUAAGGAUUUGCAAAUUUGCAAAUGAAAGGUGCUCGAUAAUACGCAUAGCGUCACCGCAUAAUGCUCAGGCUAGCAUUAAUACGUAUUAGGGAAAAGAACUAGUGAAAACUAGUCACAUCAGAGGCUGCUAAUUAGAAACAAUGUGGAUAUUUAAUAUUGUGUUUUUCGGAUAAUAUAAGCGCUUAAUUAUUUAAAUAUGUUAUUAAUGUUAUAUUGAAGAUAAUGAUGUAGGAAAUAAUAUCCCGCAUGGGCAAACAUGCAUCGAAUAUGAUUGCGAACAAAGUCCAAACUUUGUAUAAAGUUUUUCAUCGCCAAUGUAUCAAAAAGAAUGCAUAAAAUAAGAAAAAUUACUAUUAUUACGGAUUUACUGAUAUUGUAAAAUAUACUCGAUUAAAUUAACAGCUCAAAUUUUUCAUAAGAGUAAAACACUUCUAGUAUAUUUAUUAAACGAUCAGAUUAAUUUCAUCUUUAAUAAUUAAUCAAAUCAAUUUUGUCUCUUCUAUAUAUGUAAGUGGUGCGAAGAAGAAUGCUUAUAUUUUUUUCAUCCGUAAUCGAAAAAAUAUAGAUAAUAAAAACAUUCGAUUUAGACAAGCGAUAUGUUAUGUUCUUAUGUACAUUAUCUGGAUAACAACAAUCAAAUUUGUUAUAUUAUAAUACCGUUUUAUUAAUAUCAUUUGUUAAAACAAACAAUUGCGCACUCUAAUAUUUUCUCUUUUAAAUUGUUUCCUUGUUUUUUUAACACAUGAAGUUCGAUAACAGUUUAUCGGUGGUAAGGAGAGAAAAGCCGUAUUUUUGAAACUUCUUUCGCAGAUGAUUUGAUCGGAUGAUAUAGAUAUUUUUAUUUAAUUAAGUCGAAUCAAAUUUUAUCAUCAAAUUUAUUUCGAUAAUACUUUAAAUACAAUAUUUUAUUUCAUUUUCUUUUAAAAUGUAUUUCUAUUAAAAUGUAGAUACUAUCGUUAAGAUAAACUUAUAAGCCUAACGCUUGUGAACGUAGUUGAAACAGAUAUGUAUAGUUACCUAUCUGCUUGUGACUCCACUAUUUAUAAUUAAAAAACGGAUUAUUUGAUUAAAAACUCAACCUCGCUUAUUAAAAACAACAAAAUAAUCCCAAUCUAUUUAAAAUAAGUUAAUAAUUAUGCGAGGUUUAAAUUAUAGGAUAUCUAUUUUAGAAUUAUAGUUUUAGAUAGCCUAUUCAUUAUUGUGUUUGUGUGUAUUUCCGUGAGAAGAGAAGUAUAUACAAUGCAAGUAUGUGGACGCACGUGUAAAGUAGAGAGGUCAAAAUAAUAUUAACAAGAUAAAUGAAAAAGUAUCAUGUGGGCACUGUACCAGAAGAAGCAAAACAUUUUGUUACUCGAAUUAUGAAAAUAAGAUUACUGAUCGGCCGAA